UGUAUAACAAGUUUUUAAUAAUAUUAUUUUUGUUUCUGUUUUAUAAAAAAAAAAUUAGUCAAAAUGAAAGACUACAGUGCCGAAGCAUUGAAAAACAUUGUACAAAAUGCUCGAAAUGCUUUUAAUACCGGUAGAACAAAAGAUUUAAAAUUCCGAAAAAAACAAUUGAAGGCGUUAGCGAGAUUAUACCGGGAGAAUACAAAUGCAAUGAUUGAAGCAUUAUCCAUAGAUUUACAUAAAAGUAAACAAGAAUCAAUAUUAACUGAAGUAUUUUUCAUGAUAAAUGAUGUUGAAGAUUUAAUAGCAAAUUUGGAUAAAUGGGCUAAACCAGAAAAACCACCUACAGGUCUUGCAAAUAUGUUGGAUAAGGCAUGCAUUUAUAAAGAUCCCUAUGGUGUGGUGCUAGUCAUGGGUGCAUGGAAUUAUCCAUUACAAUUAACUUUAUUACCAACAGCAGCGGCAAUUGCUGCUGGAAAUUGUGUAAUUAUAAAGCCAUCUGAGAUAUCAACAGCUAGUGCAAAAUUAAUGGAAGAUCUAAUCCCAAAAUAUUUGGACAAUGAAUGCUAUCAAGUUGUUAACGGUGGGGUGGAAGUUACUACUGAGUUACUAAAACAUCAAUUCGACUAUAUUUUCUUUACUGGUUCAACGACUGUGGGAAAAAUUGUUCAUGCUGCUGCAAAUAAAUACUUAACGCCUACAACUUUAGAAUUAGGUGGGAAAAGUCCUGUAUAUUUAGAUGAAACAGCCGACAUUUUAACAGCAACAAAACGUAUAUUGUGGGGUAAAUGUUUAAAUGGUGGACAAACGUGUAUUGCACCUGAUUAUUUAAUGUGCACAAAGGAAAUUCAAAGUAAAGUAGUUGAAGCAGUUAAAGAAAUUUUACCCAAAUGGUAUGGUGAUAACAUUAAAGAAUCGCCCGAUUAUUGUCGUAUUGUUAACGAUCGAAAUUUCCAGAGGUUAAGAAAAUUAUACGAUGCAGAAAAGGUGGCAUAUGGCGGUGAUAGUGACCCAUCAGAUAAAUAUAUUGCACCCACAAUAUUAACAAACGUCUCACCAAAUGAUGCUGUUAUGCAAGAAGAAAUAUUUGGCCCAAUCUUACCAAUAAUUCCUGUACAAAAUGCACAAGAAGCAAUUGAUUUUAUAAAUUCACGUCCAAAACCAUUAAGUUUAUACGUGUUCACAACUAACAAUAAAAUUAAAAAUUUAUUCUUAGAAAAUACAUCAAGCGGUAGUGUAUGCAUUAACGACACCGUAAUGCAAUUUGGCGUUGAUACAAUGCCAUUUGGUGGUGUUGGUUUAAGUGGAAUGGGUGCUUAUCAUGGUAAAUACAGUUUUGAUACAUUCACACAUCAUAAAUCAACGUUAAUAAAAAAUUUGGGUGCUUUGGGUGAAACAUUGUCAUCAGCACGAUAUCCACCAUACAGUGAUAAUAAAUUAUUAUUUUUAACAAAUAUGUUAAAGAAACGUCGUAGUUUUAUACCAUUUAAAUAUAUCCCAUAUCUGGUUGUAUUUGGCUUAGGUGUUGCAUCAGUAUUUAUUGGUCAAUAUAUUAAAAAUUCAACUAGUUCAAAUAAAUAACAAUUAUUAAAGCGGCUUGUAAAAUUCGAAAAAAUUUCUUCGUAGGUUUUUUUUCAUGUUUUUAAUAUUCAAUAUAGAUUGUGGACUGAAUCCAGUAAAUGGACUGAUAUUUGUUUUACAAGGCACGUCUCUCUCUUUUUAGUGGUACAUUUUGCUGAUACUAGUGGUAAAAAUAUUACAAAAAUAUUUUUUACUGUAAUAAUUCCACUUCUAUUGGAAUGGAAUCGUAUCAAAUAUGAGAUGUAAUGAAUUUAUGAAAUUCAAUUGAAAUUAAAUGAAAUUGGUCAAUU